CGAAAUUCGCUUCACCGAACGUUUACCCUCACAAAUUCACACUCAGAAAAACUAGGGUUUAGGUUUCAACUAUAGGGGCAUUUGAAUUUUGAGCUUUGGCUCAAAGCUCCCUUCGACCCAACAUAAACCCUAGGCAAUCGUAAAGGGAAGCACUUGAAGGGAAAAAAAUCAUGAAAUGAUGAUAGGAGCUCUAGCUUCAAUGACAUUUUGCAAAUCGAAACAGCUGAAGAAUCUCAUCUUCACCCCGUUUCUAUAUCGCCAAUUUCUUCACGAGCCCAGUUUUUCUGAUGUUAUAUACAAGGUUCUGCAUCAUGAACAAGCUGUUAUUUCAUUACAUGGAGCCAAAAGAUGCUUCCAUGGGGGUGGGGGUAUGGUGUGGUAUCAUUCAGCUCCUAUUGACACAGUUCUCAAAGUUAUUGAGCCAGCAUUGAGCCAUGGAACCGAGACUGUAGCUAAUGGUUCAGCUGAAACUAAACCAAAGAGGAAAAAGUUAAAGGGGAAAAGAGCAGUUGUAAGAUGGCUCAAGUUCUUCAGAUUCAAGAAGAAGAAAGAUUAUGAAAGAAUGACAUCAGAAGAAAAAAUUCUCUUCAAACUGAGAAAGGCUCGAAAAAAGGAGGAACGAUUGGUUGAAGCAUUGAAGAAGAUCGAACCAAAAGAAUCAUCAGAAACAACCCACGAUCCAGAAAUCCUGACACCCGAAGAACACUUUUACUUCUUGAAAAUGGGCAUAAAAAGCAAGAAUUACGUGCCAAUUGGAAGAAGGGGAAUAUAUCAAGGUGUGAUUCUCAACAUGCAUUUGCAUUGGAAAAAACACGAGACUCUGCAAGUGAUUGUGAAGACAUUUACACGAGAGGAGGUGAAGGAGAUGGCAGUAGAGCUUGCAAGAUUGACUGGAGGAAUUGUGCUUAAAAUUCUGGAAGAUGAUGAAACCAUUAUUAUGUAUAGAGGAAAGAAUUAUUCACAACCACCUACAGAGAUAAUGUCCCCUAGGGUUACCCUCCCUAGGAAAAAGGCAUUAGACAAAUCAAAAUACAGAGACGCCCUUCGUGCAGUUAGAAGAUACAUUCCAAGACUUGAACAUGAUCUUGAGCUUCUUCAUGCAAAGGCUGAAAAUGAAUCAGAAAUUGAUCUAAAUACACAAUUUGAUGAACCUCAAGAACAUUCAAAUCUUCAACUUGAAGCUAAACAAAAGCUGAGAGAACUCGGUAAAAAUGAUAAUAAGUUCAAUGAAGAUGAUGAUGAUGAUGAUGAUGAUUGUGUUAAUGGUUCGGAACUUGUUUCGGAUUCAGAAGAUUUGUCGGAUAUUUUUGAGACAGAUUGUGAAACGGAUGAAGAGAUUAUAAAGAACGAGGAUGAAAAACCGCUUUAUUUGGAUGAAUUUGACAAGUUUCAGGUUCAAAGUAAGGUGGAUGAAAAAGAUUUUGAGGAACAUUUAAGGAGGAUAUCUGCGGGCUCAAAGAAGGAAAAGGAUGUGGGGCCCGAUUUUGAUUUUGAUGAGGUUGAUCGAGUGGUUCUACGAGCUGCUUCACUUCUGAAGAAACGAAGAAGAUGAUGGGUUUGGAUUAUUAUGGCAUUUUGUGUUUUGGUUGAUUAGUUAGAUUGCCUUUGUUUCAAGUGUUAACAUUGCUAUUUAGCCAUGAAGUAUUUCCAUUUUGGUGUUUUACAUCUCUAAUUGUUUGAUUGUAUAUCAUAUAGAUUGUUAAACAUAUGAAAUGACAUAAUGUUUUUUUUUAA